AAGGAGUUUGAUGACAUGUGAUGGCAGGUGAGGUUCCCCUGAUGACCAAUGGGGUCCUCAUGAUGACGGGUGGGAUCCUUCUCAUGACAGGUGAGGUGCCUCUGGUGACGGAGGCGGUCCCCCUGAUGACAGGUGAGGUUUUUCUGAUGACAGGUGAGGCCCCGCAGUGACAGGCGGGGUUGGCUGGCAGGUCCGAGGCCUCCUGUGAGCCACGGUGCUAUGAGACUUCAGGGAUGGAUGUGGGAAAUGGGGAUCAGUCACUUUGGCUUCAUUCUGAACAUUGACAACACACAGUGCUGUCAGCCGGGUGCUCAAGGAACCUCUGCUGUGACUCGUCCCCAUGGUCCCAGAGGAGAAGAAAAAUCAUUACUGAAUAGAUCAUCAGAACCUUUCUGUUAGGCUGUGUUAUAGGCUGACUGUGCCCCACACAGUGUGAAACCCUGACCCCCAGGACCUCAUAGAGUGACUGCGUUUGAGAUGGGCCUUUAAAGGGGAGACGAAGGCUACCUGAGGUCCCUCGGGGGCCCUGGUCCAGUCUGACUGGUGUCCUUUUAAGAAGAGGCGAUUAGGGCUGAGACACGUACAGGGACGACCCCGUGAAGACGUGAGGAGCAGCAUCUACACUCGAGGAGAGAGGCCUCCAGAGAGCAGCCCACCCCGUGCCUGGACUUCUGACUCCAGGCUCCAGACCCAGAGCAUCUGCUGUGGACACUGCCCGAGCCCUGUUUAAGGACAUGCCAGCAAAAGGCCCCACUUAAAAGGCAGGGAAGCGUUUCGUCAGCACAGUUCUGAGGAGCCUGUCCCCAGGUGGCGCCCACCCCCUUGACGUCACAUUUGAGCGACUCUCCCCUUGUCUGGUGUGGGGAGGAUGCGGACGCCACCAGGGCCCAGACCACCAGCCAGGUCGUGUCACCACCGCCCCCCAAGUCCUUCGUCCCUGGGAAGAGUCAAAGGAUUCACUGAAGGCUCAGCAGACACGGGACCAGGAGCCCUGGGAGCCGUGUGCCGGCCCCCACCACUGGCCCUCUGUGCCUCUGCUGCGGCCGGGGGCCCGGGGAGGCCACUCGGAGCCACAUCCUGGGGCCGGGCACUCUCUGGCCUCUGCCCCUGUGGUGAUGUCACAGGGGCCACCUAGCAACAGGGCCGGUGCCCGUGGGCAGCUCCCUGCAGGGCAGAAGCCAUGUGCUCCGGCUGAGGGCCCCUCAGGAGCACCGCCCCCCACUCUGCUGUGACCGGAAGGCGGGGAGGAUGGACAAGGACGGCACGGCCACCCACAGGAGGCACCGGCCCGGCCCCGGCGCCCCUCCCAUGGGUGUGGGCCCCGCACACCUCAAGGCAGCCAGUGAGAUGGCCGAGCUGCAGCGGAGCCGGAGUGUGGGCGGCCUGCUCCAGAAGGGGGACCCACCGAGCUGCAUCAAGCUAUGCAAGGAGCUAGAGUCUGAAGACCCGGGGAAGGACGUCAGGAGCGAAGCAGAAGAUGCCAGCUGCCAGGCCAGCCUGGAGGACAAGCAGGACGGGGGCCAGGAUGCCCGCGGGCAGGCGCCGGAGGAUGCGAAGGUGGAGGAGGCCAGCACCUGCCGCGAGCAGCCGGCCGGAGGGGAGGGCGCGGACGAGUGCGCCCCGGAGGACGAGGAACUGGAGCCCGAGUCCAUCAAGCUAGACGACCUUCUGGAGAAAGAGGCAAGAGAGUCUCGCUUCAGUGGCGGAAUCAGGCGGGGAGGCCGCGGGGCGCGGUUCUGCUGUGGAUGCCGAAACCAUCUGUGUUUGUGGAGAUUGACCUGGGAGACCGUGCCGAGGAGUGCCCUCAGAACACUGCCUGGCGCCCAGGGAGCCCCAGUAUCAGGUACCAUCUUCACCACCACCAUCACCCCUGUCUCCACCAUCAUCAACCACCACCCCACUCACUGUCUCCAUAAGCGUCAGCAUCGCCAUCAGCACCACGGCCACCGUCACCACCUCCGACACCACCGUUUCAGCACCACUCUCUGUAAACGGAAGUGGUUGACCCAGUGGCCUGAUUGGGCCUUUCCAACACAAAUAGUCUCUGUUUCUCUUGUUGUGGUCACGUGCAUCAUGAAAGAAGAGAAGCGGUCCCAGAGGGACAUGGGGGAUGUGUCAGAGGACGAGUCCAGGACCAGCUGGGUGUGCUGCAUCCCGUACUCCACCAGAAAAAAGGUGAAGCAAAGCGCGUAGCCUGGAGAAGCCAGACCGGGAGGAGCGAGGAUGCAGACAGCUGUCCUGAGACACCAAAGGAGCCUGCUUCAGAGGCGCCAUGGCUGCUCCACACAUGAUGCUCCACCACUGGGAAGCGAUGAGACCAUCCUUUAAACACGCAAUAAAAAGUGAAUGAAAGAUGUUGUACUUCUCAAGGGCCCCAUCCCUUCUUGCCACAA